UGUGAUGGUACCUUGCCGUGAUCGACCCGACCGAAAAGGCGGGUGUGUAUCGGCAAAUACCCUUAUCUGAGAUCCAUGAUGCCCUUCAGCCUUGUCACCAAUUGAACCCCGCUUACAUACCCUUCCAUGUAAUCCAAGCAGCAGGAGGCCUCGAGGCGGCGCUUGGGGUUCCCUUUGUUCCAACUUCCAACUCAGCCUGUACUUAAAAAGUGUUCUAUCCAGACUAUGUCCCACGUUUUGUACUGGCCAGGUCGAAUUUUCUUCUAUCCCCUUGGCAACACGUCUGCUGUUUGCCUCACAGAGGAAUUGCUCCCCGAAUGCAAGGCGGAUGUGCUCCUCCUCGGCUGUGGAGACCCUAGGCACAUUUUAUACACGGUGUACGCUGAUACCUCGACGUCCAGUGAACCUCGCAAGCUCGACAUCACCUGCUGUGAUUAUGAAGCCGCCGUCCUUGCUCGAAACACGUUACUCUUUACCCUCUUAGCCGAUGAUGGGGCUGAAGAUAGACUUGCCACUAUCUGGAACAUAUUUUAUCACAUGAUGCUUGACGAAAACUCGCUCUCAUUGCUGAUCGAACAAUGUCGCAAGCUUGUUCCGCUUGCAGAAAGUCUGGAAUCGUGGAGACAAGGUCCUUAUGCGCACUUCGUCACCAUGUGCAACUCAGAUACGCUUUCGGAGAUAGGUCGAUUCUGGAAACUUUGGCUCGGGACAUCGAACUUCAAUGCUAAGCAAGCUAAGUGGUUCAAAGGUAACUUUCAGGAUGGUAUCAAGAACGUGCGGAAGCCACACGAAGACGGCCUUGUAAUGACUUCUAUGCGUUCAGCGGGGCCCCUUGGCCCACUAACAUUGUUCGCUGUUACAGAACAGUUCAAGCGUUUUUGGACGACCGGUGUCACGGAUGACGGGUCCCCAGACGUGAAACCAGCGAACAACCCCAAUCCUACUUUUGCUUUCUCCUUGUUCGGAAACGAGUUCGCUGUGCACUAUGGUACAGACCCCAUUUCGGGUUUUCAUCUUGCAGAAGCUCUAGCAUCUGCUGGUCUUGAAUUGUCUACGAAGUCACCAUCGGUAAUCCACACAAUCGUGCGGACUGCGCGCCAGCAAUUUGGUACCUGGUGCAAGGCUGUCAUACGCCGUGUCCAGAACACAAGUGUGUCCUCAGCAUCCUUGGUAGUGCGGAUGUAUGCUGGAGAGGCACUUGCGUUUUGUCAGGCACUUCACUCCGUUAACAGGCCUUCCGUGGCGCACACACCGAUAUUCAUCGCGCCGUGGAAGCGAUCAGUGGUACAGCUCGAUGACGCGUCAUACUCUCCAAGCACUCCAUCUCCCGCUCCGACUUCCUUCAAUGUCAUUGAGACCUCUAAUCUUCUUGAUCAUCUUGGAUUGCAAAACCUGCUCACCGUCACUACUCCUCUCCUCUCCAACUCACCCUCGUCAACAAUUUACACUGAAGCCCUACUGCCUGCAGGUGAUUCACCUGCCCAAGGUAUCCUAGACCACUUGUGUGGGGACCUCUCUACCAUCUCGCUACUUUUAGGCGUCAUCCCUUCCGCCUAUAUAUCCCGUUUCACCACACGUUCCAACACCUCCGAGACCAUGAUGCAGUCUAUUGCAAACUCUUCUGCAAACCAAUAUCAUGAACGCCUUGCUUGGAAGCAUAUCAAUUUUGGUCAUCUCUCCGACAGUUUACAUGGAGGCGAACUUUCGUUUGCCCCACACCAAUUGGCCGGAGAGUUGUUCGACAUAUACUUGAAGAUGUUCUCCGAUGAGGAUCUUAGAAAACGGAUGGCCAUCCUGUCCCUUGGUAAAUCUCAGUUGAUGCAGAAGAUACGGUUCUCAGGGAUUAUCCAUUAUACGCGCCGCAGCUUUGCCUUGUUGCUCGCACAUAUCAGGACAAGAGUCCGCUACGACUGGAACAAAGUCAUCAAUGAUCUAGAGGUAUUAAUUCUGCAGGACCAUACACUUCUCACCGGGUCGAACUUCUAUCAAGAAAUGGUCUGUCAACUACACCUCGCAGGUUUCUGGCUUCCCUGGCUUAGCCCUGCGGAAGUACGGGAACUUCGCUCUCAUGAAAACCCUCCCAUUUUCAGGUCGUGGAGCACGGUCCCUGAAGUCGUAACAGUUGUGCUGGUGGUUCCACGUGACGCCAUCGCCAAAGUACAAUCCGACCUUUCAAAUGCUGGCACGCCUAUUUUGCAAUGUGAAAUACGAGCCGAUUUUAAGCACAAUGCCUUCGCAUGUAUUUCUGCUUCAUUCGGUAAGCUUGAGGUAUCAGGCGAGGGGGAGAAUAAGGUGGCAGUCGUCGUCGAGGACAGGGCGGGCAUCAGUGGCACAUCGCCAUUAAUUGUCUCCUUCCCUGUUCUUUCUACCACUCUCAUCCACACGUCUGGCGGAACUGUUGGCCUGGCGGUACGCUCCACCUUGGGACCUGCGGCGGCUUUGGCGCAAAAAUUGGGGCUAGAAAUGUGCCUGUUCAAAGCUCUUCUGACCGAUGAACGAUAUGCCCAUGUUCUGACAAGGGCACCAACAGCCAGCGAAAGCACGGUCAACUCGGAGUUCCCGCUUGUACCUCCUAAAUUGGACACGAUGACUCGGGGACAUCCAAUCCACGUGGAAAUGGAUGAGUCCAAUACACAUAUUCAGUCGCUCACUGCACACGUCGACGUCGUAGAUCCUGCAGGACAGGCAUCACUUUCUAGUGGUUGCACGGUCACCGUGGAGCAGGUAUCUCUCAACAAAGCCAAGCUAUGCGUCGACCAAUACCAGCAUAUCAUCUCCUUCCCUCUCCCCAUUGACGCAACAAAUGCCAAGCUUCGCAUAGCACGGAGAUCGAAAUACGUCGAGGUAGUUGCGCCAAUGACACUGACACUCAACGUCAAGGGAGAAUCUAACGUGGCGGGGAAUUUCAGAACGACCUUUGAUUGUGGCGUACCAACGCUCUGGAGUAUGCACCGCAUGAAUUUGGAUCGUUGUCCAUCCUUCAAACCCUCCAGGAGUCACAAAGCAUUCGACUGGCUUGGACCGCAUGUCGGACUUAUGUUUUCGCAAAGAGAGCGCAUAGCGCGUAACCGGAACACGUUCCCCGGAUCUACUACGCCUGACACAAUGAUGAAUUUGAAGGACUCUCUUCACACUCUUCUCAUUUCUGCCACAGGGUUGCAAGGGCCCAUUCACACUGAGUUCGCCUUGUGGAGCCCUGUCGAGAACGAAUCCUACGCAACGAUUCUUGUUACCGAUGUCCGACUUGAUAUUGGCUCCCACACGGUCGUAGCUGAUUCGUGGAUUAUACCUGGAUCGAAUGAUAUUCAGGACAAAUUGAAGAGAGAGAUAACACAGGUACUUUCCAUCAAAACAGAUGCCCACGAAUCCGAAGCAUGGAGGCAUUUGCUUCCUCUGUUAAUCGAGCGGUGCCGUACUUGGAAGCACAAGCCAAGUUGCGAGUACCUCGUUCAUGACUCUAUUCCACUCUACCCAGGUGCCGGGUCGAACCCAAAGAAGGUGCCGUGGUGCUCUUGCGGGAUGGGCAUCGGGACGAAAGUGUUAAGGGAACGGUAUGGCAGCGUCUCUGCCAAAUACGCGACGAGGGCAGCAAUUAGUCCCUUAUUCGCCGUCUCGUACAUGGAGAAGGUAGGAAUGAAGAUGGACGACCCGGUUGGGCCUCCCGCCUUGACAGGGUGUGCGGCGUGCGGAAAAGGGGGCAUUUCGUUGUCUGCGUGCGCCAGGUGCAGGAAGGUCAAGUACUGUUCGAAAGAUUGUCAAGUAAAGGAUUGGAAAACGCACAAGACGAGCUGUGUGUCAACGUGAGCUAUGAUAGCACUGGUAUUCCCAUGUCAAUUGUUAUGUUUAUGCCAGUCCAUUCAUCCAUAAUACCUCAGGGUUCCAGUACUUUUGGUUCCAUACUAUGUGCCGCCUUUUUCUUUCAGACUUACUACCUUGCUGUCAUGACUCGCUGUCAGAUGUUGUGUGCUGGUACUUUCCGAAUCUGAGGUAUGAAGUAAUAGCAUGGACUUAAUCUCAUCGUUGUUUCUGUCAGCCGUCCUCGACGGUAGUGCCCAGAUCUUCUCACUUUUGGGUAUCGCCGCGUUGUGUACGCAUCCAGGGCAUCGUAGGCGUUCGUGAUGGCCAUACGUACACCUAUGCACACGG